GUCCUUCAGUUGUCAUCACCUUCGUUGAGUGCGCCGUACUGUCCGUUGCCUUCUCAAUGUCCUGCCUUCUCAAUGUCCUGUUGUGGUAUCUUGACAGCGGUGUGCAGAUCGUGUCUGUGAAGUGCUCACUUUGUGUCGUGCAUGUGUCGUUUUCUUAGUGUGAAGUGCAGGUUUCCCAGCACAUUAUUCGGAGUCUUUCUUGCCACCUUUGGAAGGUCGCCGUGAGAGACUGACGAGAGCCGAUGCAAGGUCCAGACACAGACUGACCAUAACUGAUGCAAGGUCCAAUCUUCUACUGCUAAUUCAUCAGGAAAAGGCACAGUAGUUGGUGUUUUUGCUUCUCGAAAAUGUCAUUUGCUGUAGCUCAUUCGGCAUUCCCGAUGCUGUCGACAAGCAUGGGACCAUCUGGGAACGGCAUGGCAAAUGGAGGCGCAGAAACAAGGGCAAGCGCACCCGUCCUCAGCAGCAAGACUCAGUCCCUGACCACACAAGACCCACGCAAGCCAGCUCUGGAUGCGGAUACAACGAAGACAGUCCCACAGAAACUGGUGGGACAUAAGAACUUUGUCAGGGAGAACCUGAAGUCGGACCGGUUCGUGGUGAAAGGGUUCCAUCAUUUGGAGUUUUACUGUGGUGAUGCUCUCAAUGUGAGUCAUAGGUUUGCGUGGGCGAUGGGCAUGCGUGAAACCGUGCUGUCGAACCUCACGACGGGUAAUCACCUUUACAGCAGUCGUGUGCUCCAAUCUGGCGACAUCACCUUUGUCUUCACAGCACCCUAUUCCAAGCAGUUAUGUGCCAAGGAGCUCUCCGCAGUGGAGCAGGGGCAAGAUGGUUUACCAGCUGUUCCGCAUCCUCAUUUCAAUCCAGAGAAUGCUCGUUCCUUCUUUGACAAGCAUGGAGUAGCUGUGGCUGCUGUUGGGCUUCUUGUUGGGGAUGCAGCAACCGCCUAUGAAGAGAGCACCAAACAUGGUGGCAUUGGCAUGCUCAAGCCCGUACGUCUUGUCGAUGCAACCACUGGUGGAGUGAUGGACAUAUCAGAGGUGGUGCUGUACGGAGAUGUUGUGCUUCGUUACGUGAGCACCCCGGAGUUGCCCUCUGAUGAUGAGAGCAUGGAUGACGAGCAGCCGCCGCGAGAAGGUCUCAAGCCCUUUCAAGGUCCCUUCCUUCCCAACUACCGACCUGUGGAGGCACCCAUUUGCACACUUGGGUUGACCAAUAUCGACCAUGUUGUCGGCAACGUACCCCAGCUCCUGCCUGCAGUCCAGUACAUUGCAAACAUGACAGGUUUCCACGAGUUCGCUGAGUUUGUUGCAGAGGACGUCGGAACCGUUGACAGCGGACUGAACAGCAUGGUGAUGGCAGACAACAGCGAGAAGGUGCUCAUGCCAGUCAAUGAGCCAACGUUUGGGACAAAGCGGCAGUCCCAGAUCCAAACGUACCUGGAACACAAUGAAGGGCCCGGGGUCCAGCAUAUUGCCCUUGCGUGUGAUGACAUCUUUCAUACUCUGAGGCAGAUGCGAGCGAGGAGCUCGAUGGGAGGAUUUGAGUUCAUGCCCAGAGCAUCAGAUGCGUACUAUAAGUGCCUGCCGGAGAAGUUCGGGGAGGACCUUACGCCGGAGCAGCUACAGCAAUGUAAAGAACUGGGCAUUCUAGUCGACAAGGACAAUCAGGGACUGCUGCUGCAGAUCUUCACAAAGCCAGUCGGCGACCGGCCAACAAUCUUCAUCGAGAUAAUUCAACGCGUCGGCUGCAUGGAGGUGGACAAGGACGGCAAAGUUGCGCAGAGAGGGGGUUGCGGAGGCUUUGGCAAGGGAAAUUUCUCAGAGCUAUUCAAGUCGAUUGAAGAGUUUGAGAAAACAUUCGUUAUGGUCUAUGAGUUUGUAGUGAUGCCUUUUGGUCUUUGUAAUGCGUCGGGUACAUUCCAGCACGCUAUGAAUCGGAUUUUCCAUGACCAUUUAGAUAAGUUUGUCGUAGUCUAUCUAGACGACAUUCUGAUUUUUAGUAAGUCUGUCGAGGAGCACGCACAGCAUGUUGAGACAGUACUCUCGCUCCUACGACAGCACAAGUAUAAGGUCAACUUAGAGAAGUGCGAGUUUGACCGCACUAAGAUACUAUACUUGGGUCAUGAAGUUUCCGCGGAAGGGAUUAGGCCGGAAGAUGCGAAGGUGGCUAGUAUUCGAGACUGGCCACGACCUCAGACAGUCACUGAGGUCAGAUCAUUCUUAGGAAUGUGCGGCUACUAUAGGAACUUUGUAAAGAACUAUUCUACUGUCGCCUCUCCUUUGACUGAUUUAACUCGACUUGACACACCGUUGGACUUGAGUGAUGAGUGCGAGGGUGCUUUCAAAAGAUUGAAGCAUGCACUCGUGAAUCAUGAAGUUCUCAUGGUUCCCGAUCCGCAGAAGCCUUUCAUAGUGACCACUGACGCAAGCCAAUACGGCAUUGGCGCAGUGCUGGCUCAGCAGGAUGGGAAAAAGUUGAGACCGAUUGAGUACACGAGUAAGAAAAUGCCUUCGAAGAAGAUGGCUAAGUCCACCUACGAAAGGGAACUCUAUGCUCUCUACAAGGCACUUGUCCAUUGGAGACACUUCCUUUUGGGAAGGUUCUUCUAUCCGAGGACUGAUCAUCAGACCCUCAAAUGGAUCAAGACUCAACCGGCUCUUUUUGAUGCAGUCAAGCGAUGGAUUGAGGUCAUAGACCAAUAUGACUUAAAGCUUGAGUACUUGAAGGGAGAGUACAAUAAGGUUGCAGACGCGCUAUCCGUCUGUCAGCGGGACAAGCCGCGAACUCAAGCACCGCUUGGGUUAUUGAAGUCGUUACCUAUUCCUGAUGGUCCAGGAUUGAGUUUUUCCAUGGAUUUCAUGGACACUCUUGUGACCAGCAAGAGUGGUAAGAGGCACAUCUUCGUCAUCAUUGACGGAUUCACCAAGUACGCUAGACUAAUACCAAUGCCAGAGACAGCCAGGACAGAAUACGUCAUCAAGUUGUUCAAGGACAACUGGGUAAGGGACUUUGGUUUACCAAAGACCAUCAUUAGUGACCGAGACGUUCGAUUUACAAGUAAGUUGUGGAAGAAGACUGCGGAACAGAUGGGCAGUCAACUUCGAAUGACUUCAGGGAAUCAUCCCGAAGCCAACGGACAAGCCAAACAGAUGAAUAGAGUUGUACAGCACUUGCUGAGGCAUUACAUCAAGCCCAGCCAGGAUGACUGGGAUGAGCAGUUACCUCGCAUUGCCAACCUGUACAACAAUGCUAUACAUAGCAGUACCGACGUUAGUCCUAACCAGCUGCACUUAGGAUGGAAGCCUAGAUCAGCAUUAGACUUCCUCCUACCUGAAAACCGACCUGCUGCAACUCCAGGCACACUUGAAUACGGUGUGCAAUAUGAGAAGUUGCUGCACGAGGCUGUUGAACAUAUGAAGAAGGCUCAGCAAGCCAUGAUUGCUUCUGAGACUCAACAUCGCAGGCAGUCCACAUUUCAGUUCUUUAUGAUCUCAAUGUUUGACAUGAUGGUUGCUGUGUUGGACAAUCUCCAGAACCACCCGUUUAGUCCCAAGUUCAAUUACAGCAAAGAGUCAUCAAGAAACCUGAGCUCUUCGGUGGGUUCUUGAAGGCGCCUUGUGACCAAAAAAAACAUGAGUUUAGAUCAAGCUUUAUCUGCUGAAUUGUCAAAAAAAUGUGAGUAUAUGACACACAGCUGUCUUCCCCAACAGUAUGGAAGAGUGAUGUGAAGCUGUGAACUGCAUAACCAGUCACAUAGCCCUCUGGGGUAAAUAAACCUACUUCGCUUCUGACGCUGGUUCAGAGGGCACCCAAAUGGAAAACGCCAUGCAAGCACUCCCUGGAAAGAGUCCCAAGGAAACAGUUUACGGACUCCCAAGCAUCCCAAGGAAAGAAUCGAAAGAGUCCCAAGGAAAUAAUCCCAGGAAUGCAGCAUUGGCAUAGCUCUCCCAGGAAAUGCGGUGGCAAUGAACACAAGGUCCUGAG